AUGUUGCGACACCAGCCAGGCCUAUUAAUGUGUAGGAGACAGCCAGGAGUCGCAAUUGGGCGUUUAUGCGCUAGAUGCGAAGGCAGAUGCCCAAUAUGUGACUCUCUAGUACAUCCUGAAACUGUUGUUAGAAUAUGCAACGAGUGCAACUAUGGCUCCCAGCAGGGACGAUGCAUAAUUUGUGGCUCUGAAGGUGUUUCAGAUGCAUAUUAUUGUAGGGAAUGUACAAUUUGUGAAAAAGAUAGGGAUGGAUGCCCUAAAAUAGUAAAUCUUGGAAGUUCUAAGAUAGAUAGUUUAUACCAACACAAAAAAUAG